UGACGUGCAUUCCACGGUUUUGGUUGUUUUUAUUAUAGGUUAUGUCAUAUGGUUGUUUGAAAUUUUAAUUAAUAAAUUAUUUUAUUACAAAAGCAAAAGAAAAAAAUCAGUUAUAUAAUUCAUACUAUAGUGAAUUGGACUCAAUAUGAGUACGGAUGCAGCAGUUUUGAAAAGAAAAAAGACUACGAUCAGUAAGGGAACAAUUAAAAAAACUAUAAAAAACGUUAUUUGUCGACCCGAUGCAGUGUAUUGGCCAGCAGUAACAGAAGCUGAAGGGAAAGAAUUAGUAACUAUACUUAAUAAGUACAAAGUGGAUAUACCGGAGUUCAAAAAGCCACAUUGGAAAGAUAUAAAAUUAUUACCUAAAUCUGAAAGACCUAAACAACCUCCUAUCAAGCGAGUUGAAGGGCUUGUUUUCGGUCUAUCUGAAUGUCUAAACUUAGUAGAAAAUCGACAAAUAGCUGCUUUAAUUAUAGAAAAUGAUGUAAACCCAAAAGCCAUAGUACAUCCACUACUUGAAGCAUGUCAUAAAACUUCAACACCUGUGUUAUGUAUGACUGGUUUAAAGAAAAUUAGUUCUAGCAACUUUGGGAUAGCAACAAGCUGUUUAGGAAUAAAGCUUAAUAUUUUAACAGAUGUUACAAAGAAGAUUUUAGAAAUAUCAAGAAAACAUAAUCCUCAUAAUGUACAAGAAAUGUCUGUUAUAAAUGUUACUGGCAUUGAAAAAGACAAGCAAGAUAUUGAUAUGAAAGAUAGUAUAGUAAAUAUUAAAACAGAAUCUGAUGCAACUAGUAAUGUUUCACAUUAUCCUUAUCUGUAUAGAAAUGAUAAAAAAAGAGUAUUUGUACCAGCAAGUAUUGAAAAGGCAGAAAAAAUUCAGAAAGAUUUUAUCGGUCAAGACUUCAUUGCGAUUUCUUCUAAUGAUGUGAAGGACAGAAAAGAGUACAAGAAAAUGAUUGUAAAAAGAAUAUCUAACAAUCCAAACAGAGUAAAGGUUAAAUGAUCAUAAUUAU